AUGUCUUCGAAACGGCUAAUCCAGACGCUCUCGCGCGCCGCGGCCGCGCAAACAGCACCCUUCCUUCGGUCCCCAGCUUCUUCAUUGGCAAGCAGAUGCAAAACCUCACCCAUCGCCAUACGGAGCACAUUGCCGCGGACUAUUCGAUACCUGAGCAGCAGCUCCUACCUCCGAAAAGAAGCCCCGGCUGUUGAGUCCGAACUCAAGCCCAGCACGCUCUACAAUUUCGCCGACAUGCAAGAAUUCUCCUCCGCCCCGGAGCCGAAGCGCAUCAUCAUCGAUGUGCGCGAGCCCGGAGAACUACUCGAGACCGGCACCAUACCCACCUCGAAAAACAUCCCCGUCACAACCUCUCCAGACGCCUUUUUCCUCUCCCCCGAGGAGUUCGAGGAUAAGUUUGGUUUUGAGCGCCCAGGGAAGGAUGAUGAAGUCGUCUUCUUCUGCAAAGCCGGUGUGCGGAGCAAGGCGGCGGCGAGGCUGGCUCAACAGGCUGCGUUUGGUGGUCAGACGGGCGAGUACCCUGGUAGCUGGAAAGACUGGGUAGAGAGUGGAGGCCAGGUUGAGAAAUGGAAGGGUUGA